AUGGCGCGGAUGCGGGAGGCGAUCGCGCGCCUCACGCAGGAGAAGGGCCAAGCCGAGGAGAUGGUCGGGCUCCUCAACAUCAAGCUCGACGCGUACAACGAGGAGCUCUUUGACGCCAAGUCGAACGUCGCACUGAUCGAGGCUGAAGCCAACUACCGCUGCCAGCAGAACGAGCUCGCGACUGCGCAAAAGGUCGCCAGCCUCACGUCCCAGGUCGCGUUCCUGCGCGAGCAGAUUGCGACCUCGGAGCGCGCCCACACGCGUCUUCGCAAGGAACUCGAGAGCGCCCAGACGUCAAUGCUUGUUGAGCAAAAGCGACUGGCGGCCGAGAAGAAGCUCCUCGAGACCAAGAAGCGCCAGCUCCACGAGAUGAGCAGCUCCCAAGCAGUUCCAUCGUCCCAGGUUGCUUCGCAGCGCCCGUUCUACCCGUCGCAGCAGCUGCGAACUCCGCCGCCCCGGCCGCAGUCGCCGGUGGUCGCACCACGAUCCUCGGCCACGGUUGCGAUGCAGACCGAGGCGAUACCCACCACGAGUCUCAGCCAGGAGAAUGCGGAGCUCGUCCACAAUCUGCUUCAAGGCGCUGCGCUCCUGACGCUGCUCAACCACGUCUCGUCGUCGGGCCUCGAUGGGCCCGAGGCAGAGACACUACCGCAUCCCGACGCGCCUCGGGACUCGGAGUUUAGCCAGCUCAUGCAGCCUUUCUCCCAGUGGUUCCCGCCGCCGCCGUCGCCGACCGUCGUCAAGCUAGCGCCUCUCGCGCUCGCCCAGCAGCUCUACACGACGCUGUCCCAGCUACUGGCGGGCGAAAGCACGAGCGUCCACUUGAUUCCGCUCUUGACUGACUACUUGCUGGCCGAUAUUGAACAUUCGGUGCUCACAAGCGCAUUGCAGGUCCUCUUUGGUCUUCUGCAUGCCAGCACGCGCGUUCGGGCAGCGCUACGCGACCCACCAGGAUUAUCGACCCAAUGCACCUCUCGCAUCAUGCUGCGUGGCAAGCCGCUGGCCCCGACAACAUCCGAGGCCGCUCGUACCGACUUGGACAUGUCGACGGUCCGAACCAAGUGCAUGCACGCGCUCACGCGUGUUCUCAAGCACCACGUCCAUCAGCCCGCUGUGCUGGAACAUGGUCUUGCGGUCGUAUCACUCUGGAUCCAAAUUUCGCGGCAAGGUGCCGAGACGUUGCUGCCCGUGCUGCAGGACAUUGUUGGAAGCCCCAAAUCGACGAGCCACGUCCAAGUCCGCGCGCUGAGUCUGCUCAUGCAGCUGCUCCAGACAGAAAGCCUCUUUCAGAUCUGGCGCCGCCAGAAACAAUGGCUGCCGCUGCUAUUGCUCAAGAGCCCGGUCAAGCUCGGUGCGCUGCAUGUGACCGUGCAGCUGGCUCUCCUUCAGUUUGUCGACUUUAUCAUCAUGACGUAUGGGCUCCCGGGGGCAACAUGCAUCCUGAGCCACCAGCCCGACGAAGCGUCGAUCGUCCAGCCCAUCGUUCGGCUCAUGGAGACGGCCAUUGGUCGCAUACACGACGAAGCCGACGCGGCCAUGCAGUUACAGCUGCUGCGCGCCGGCUUCCAGCUCAUUAGUGCCUUGGAGCAGUACGUGGAGCUGAAAAGCCAAGUGCGGGAGCCCAAGCAGCAAGCUGCGCUCUAUAACAUUCUGCAUUACGUCCAGCGCGAGCUGCCGCGGGAUGCUGUGACGGCCAUGGCGCUCAUCAGCGUGCUCCAAACGCCUACCACCUCGUAGCCCACCACAUUUGGCGUCGGCUCCAAGACUUUUAUCUAUGACACGGCAACGUCCUUUGCUCG